GAAGAAGAAGAAGAAGAAGAAGAAGUAGAAGUAGAAGAAGCAGCAGCAGCAGCAACACCAACAACAACAACAACAACAAGAGGAGCAAGAAGAGGAGCAAGAAGAGGAGCAAGAAGAGGGGCAAGAAGAAAAAAAGGAAGAAGAACAACAACAACUAGAAGAAGCCCUCACUGCGUAGUGUCAUUUCCAGGUGUUUCUGUUGUUGUAGUUGGAAGAUGAAGCACAACUCGAACGUCCCGGCUUUCCUCGCCAAGCUGUGGACGCUGGUCGAGGAUGCGGACACCAAUGAAUUAAUCUGCUGGAGUCAGGAGGGCAACAGCUUCCGAGUGUUGGACGAGCAGCGCUUUGCAAAGGAGAUUCUCCCCAAGUUCUUCAAACACAACAACAUGGCCAGUUUCAUCAGACAGCUCAACAUGUAUGGAUUUCGUAAGGUUAUGCACAUUGACACAGGCAUUGUGAAACAGGAGAGAGACGGUCCAGUGGAGUUUCAGCACCCCUACUUCAAACAUGGACAGGACGACCUGUUGGAGAACAUCAAGAGGAAGGUUUCUAACGCUCGGCCAGAGGACAAUAAGAUUCGACAGGAAGAUCUGACGAAAAUCUUGGCAAGUGUCCACAGUGUUCACGGCAAACAGGAGAACAUUGAUGCUAGGCUGGCAACACUCAAGAGGGAGAAUGAAGCUCUCUGGAGGGAGAUCUCAGAUCUGAGACAGAAACAUGCACACCAACAACAGCUCAUUAAAAAGGUGAUAAAUUUCAUUCUCAUAAUGUGAACUUUAAUGAUGUGUCACGGUCUUGUCAACAGGCCAAUUCUUAUUAACAGCAAUGGAAAGAAGCCCAAAUAUAUUCAUCAGAUCUAUGAUGAAAAAGUUUGUGUGGAACAGUCAUCUGUCAACAGUCUGAAUGGUGUGAAAGGCUCUGAGAUGUCGGAUGAUGUUAUCAUCUGUGACUUGACUGAGAAUGAUGCAGAGGUGAUGGCUGAGAUCACUGAGAGGUCACCUACAGACUAUGAGCAAAGUGAUGUAGAAAUUGUGGAGGUAGAGCUGGACAGCUGUGCAGUCUUGCCAGCUGAGACGGAGGUGAGCACCACCUGCACAGACAACAAACAGACAGAGGCUGAUGUGUCAGCAUCAGCAGACAACGCCCAGAGGAGCAGCAUUUUAGACAGCAGUUGCCCCACCAGCAGCGCCCUGCAGCUCAAUAAACCCUCAGGCCUCAGCCUGGAGGACCCCGUCAAGAUGAUGAACUCCAUACUGAAAGAAAACGGAGCUAUAUCACAGAACAUCAACCUGCUGGGCAAGGUGGAGCUGAUGGACUAUCUGGACAGUAUUGACUGCAGUCUGGAGGAUUUCCAGUCCAUGCUAAAUGGAAAGCAGUUUGGCAUUGAUUUUGAUGCCAUAGAGGAGAGUGUGCCCUCCAAAGAGAACACUGCACAGCUAAACAGAGGCAGGACAGAAGAAGACAAUGCUGAUAAGCAGUUGAUCCAGUACACCUCCUGCCCCCUGCUUGCCUUCCUUGAUGGCUGUACCCCUCCUCCAGAGUUGGACCCAGGCACCAGUGGCAGCAGCAGCUCCUCUGAUUCCUCCAUCAUCCACCUUCAGUCCUCCUUCUGCCCCAGUGCUUCUGUGGAGGCUGAUCCACCGUCAGAGCUGCUGGACACCAGCCUGGAGUCAAAACAGCCAGUCCGCAACUCUUUAAUCCGCCUGGAGCCUCUGACAGAGGCGGAGGCCAGCGAAGAGACACUCUUCUACCUGUGUGAACUGACUCCUUCUGGAUUAGAGGUCGACUCCACCCAGCUGGACAGAGUGUGAGCAGACAGUGAUGCCACUCACACUGAUAUUAGUUCAACUUCCAUCUUCCAGAUAAUGCUGAUAUCGUGUCUUACCAUUCCUCACCUCUCUGGCAUGAAGUGUGUGUGCUUGUUGAGAAGCAGUAACUGAGGGGAAGGCAACACCAGGCUGGUGUAAGAACAACUGCAGUUUGUACCAUAAACACAUUUCACAUUUUCCCCAAAUACAAUUAUGGUUUAAGAACCUCUCGAAAGUUAUCCUUUAAACCCUAACAGAUAUGACUUAAAAUUUUGCACCAGUGAGUCAAAACAGUAGACACGUAUGAAGGAUAAAUGUGUAUAAAGUUCUUAAAAGACAUGGAGAUAAAGGUCACUCAGGUUGCUAUAUGAACUUCUGUGUUAGCAAUAAUCCAUAGUAACACCCGGACCCAUUGACAGCCCUAGAGUGUCUGUUUUCUGUAUAUCACCCAUCAAGCAUGAUGGGAAUUGUAGAAAUCUUUCAAAUCCCAAAUGAACAUUGCAAAACCAUGAAAUGUAGCUUUGUUCUAUAUAGAUGUUACUGUGGUUUAUGGUCCCAGAACAGCCACACCAUUGUGAGGAAGGGGUGUGUGUGAUAUGGUUUGAAUAAGGGGACCAUGAUGCAAAUUUCCAGUCCCCAGGAUGUCCUUUAUACUGUUAGUUGGUAGUUCACAUGAAUCUACCACAAACUAAUGAAAAACCUCCUGCCUUUGUGUCCUCUCACCUCAGAAAAGCUUCACACUAAAGUUAUAGUGUCAAGUUAGGGUGAAUGUUUCAGAAAGUUACUCAACUGGUCGCACACAGACUUCCAUAAUCCAACAUCCUCAGGGUGUGCAUGGAGCUGUCUAACCUUCCAAACAAGCCUUUUGGAAGCAGAGUAAACUAUGCUCAAGGCUCAAAAACAUUCCAAUUAUCAGUUUCUUUUAUCCCUGGAACACUGACACUCUUGUCUGUCCAUUUGUGUAAACUUGUGCACACAGGCAAAAGGUUUGAAUUGUCAUAUAAACUGUCCUGAACAUUUAUACUUUUACCGACAUGGAAAUCAAAUACAUUUUGAGAGAAUUAAUACUGUAUAUCAACAUGUUGAGCAUCUGUUAACGCUCCUGAAAUAGAUCUGGGCAGAAACAGGAAUCUGAGGAUAAAUAAACUGUCCUGUCUGGAAAUGAAACCUGCUUCUUUUUGAUGGUUCCAAUACUUUAUUUUAUUUACAACUAGGAAAGUUUUCUUCAAUGCAAAGCUGUCAAAUUAAAAAAAACACCAUAGCAUUUGUUCAGGCAGGUCUCGAAGUCAAGUGCAGCCACAAUUCAGUAUGUCAGCUGACAGCAGCAGCUCUCUGUGCCAGCCCACUUCAGCUGUUUGCUCAGCUGAUCACCCCCUAUGCAUUAAAUUGGCAAAGCACAAAUUGCAUUGUCACUGAUGGCUGCUGUGUUCUAUGCCAGGGUCCUUAAGCUGCUACUCUCCCUGCCUCACUUUUUGUGAAGGCUAAUGGAGGGGUACCCCUUACAUAUGCCCGUAGAAGAGUAGGGAGGUCCUGGAACAGAGUCAUACCACCAAAUAUAACCUAUUGAAAUAAUUAAAACCAAACACAAUUUGAUUAAAGUGGUCCUGUUGGUAUACACAGGACAGCAGGAACUAGAUGCAUCUCUAUGUUGUCAUGUCUCAAGACAGAAGACAUCAUCAUAUGCUCAGUAUGUUCACCAUAGAUAAAGCACUACAUCACAUCCAGUCCAACAUCAGUGAGGAGGCAUCCUCAUCUGGCCUGUAUCAAAAGAUUUAACCUUUACGUCUGAAAAUCUAUUUAUUAAGUAACAAUUCUUCAGAUAGUGAAUUCAUCUGGGGAUUAUUUCUCUUUGAGCCGAGUUAGGGAUCUGGGACAGAAGGAGAUCUUCAUUAAGACUGUACGUGAACCUGGAAAGUACACAGAAUAUGGUAGUUCCAGCUACAGUUGAUGUCUCCAGAGCCACAUUUUACCAUGACAACACAGACUCACAAGGUGAUAACUAUAGUAGCCCUCUUGUACCUGUACACCAGAAAGAAAAAAACGCCUAAUCUUCUCGUUCACAGUAGUGCAAUGUGACACAGCAUAGCGGUUGAACAGUUAAUGAGCUGAGGCCUCGCAUGGCAAAUCAAGAGACAGGUUGAGACGAAGAAUGUUCAGACCAGGGGCCUGUACUAUGAAGCUGGUUCAACCGACUCUGAUUUAACUCAGGGUUAACAAAGAAAGUUGGUCUGUUAAGUCGGCGUUAACUGAUUCGGUAUGUGAGUGCACGUCUCUUGCAUAAGGGGAUUCUGGAUACAAAGAAACUAUGUUAACAUUAAUUUGUGAAUACACUGAGAAAACUUAAAUUCCAGUCUACUGCACUUGUUACUCACUGAUAAUGAAUUUAGAUAUUCUCUCUAAAACACUGAGGCACUUACGCUGUCUGUGUAUGAUGCUGUUGUAUGAAGUACUAACUGGAUUCUAACAAAACUUUUAGCUGCAACCACAAUCAGGUGAUCUGUGUGAAUACUUCUCACCCUUACAGUUUUUUUUAAAUUGCUAAAUCACAAUUGAUGAAACUGAGAGCAAACAGAGGAGGGGGAAAGCGAGCCGGGUUCGACCCUAGGCUAAAGGCUAGGCUAUAGGCUAACCCAUACAGACCAGUGAGUCUCUUCCUCGUCAACUUCAUGUCUCUUUCGCACAAGAUGGAUGAGAUAAGAGUGAGAAUUAUGAUAAAUUAGCUUAUCACUAUGCAUCCUGCAGACAGCUGUGUAAUGGUGUGGUUUAAUAUUCCAGACAACUUUAAGCCCCUACACAUUGAGUGACUUAGUAAUAGGUGCGCUCGACUUGAUGUGGCACUGUGCAGCGCUGACUUAAUGUGAUGCAUGAUGGUCUUAACACAAUGCAUGCUGGUUCAAAUUUUUGUCUGACUUCAUCUCAUCUAGCACUGCAAAAUGUCACACGACCAUUAAAACGUCGCAGGAGCGACCCGGCUGCAGUCAGGCCGUGCAGUUACCCUCCUCGAGCUACUGGUCCUUGGGGCCGCCUCUAUGACAUCACAACUCUGCUCUGAUUGAUUACAUCCAUAUCACUGUUAUUGUUUUCAGAGCUGAAACCUGAUGGUGCACAACUGUUCCCGAUCCCUCUCCUCUCUCUAAAACUAUAGGCCUGUGUGUUUAAUGUAAUUAUAUAGACAUACAGUAUAUGAUUGUGUCACUAUAUAAUAUUCCCUUAAUGUAUAAUCACUGGCAGUGCAUAUCUGUUGGUUUCUCUUUGUUUCUGUUAUGUUAUUUUAUG